AUGGAGAAGUAUGUUGCAUGGGUCAAUGACCAUCUUCCGAACUCGUCUUUGUACAUCACAUCACUCGAAGACUUUAAAGACGGUCAUGCGUUUCUGUGUAUAAUGGAGCAGAUAACUCACACAACACAAAAGACAGACACACCACUUGAGUCAGCCAUGCGUCUUGCUGAGAAGCAAUACGGCAAAAUGAGUGGGUUGUCCUUUCAGAAAAUUGCGGAAGGUGAAGAACGUCAGAUAAUUGCAUUAGUCGGCUUUCUAAUGAAACAAGAGACAAUGAACUUGAACAAGAUGUCCAAUUCCCUUGCUCGGAGUGAGACGUUGUCGGAGAGUACACGAAGAAGAGCAUUCACAGUCAGGAAGGACGGCAAGAUGGUUGGUGUGACAAGAGAGAAGUCUGACAAAUUCGACAAGCCAGACGCCUCUAUUGUUGCUCUUGCCAACCAACGCCGCACCGCUUCUCGCCCUCAAAAAAUCCCCUCUUCUGUUAAGCCCAUUCCGCUUGUUCAAUCUCGAGCAUUUCAAAAAAUGGAACUUGACACGUUUAAAGAUCAAGAUCAACAGCACCAAAUACCAAAGGUUGAAUCUUCGACUGAAUCACAACACAAAACCUGCGCGAAAAAUCUUGUUGAAGAUAAAAAUAAUAAUUUAAAAUCCAUAAAAGAUGAGAAGAAGGACGAAACGAACCAGAAAGACGACAAAAAAGCUAAGGAAAGUCAGGAGAUUCAAAGAGAGAAGAUUAAUGAUAUCAUUGAAGUAAAAACCGUACCCGAAAAAGAAAGUGAUAAAAAUGAGGUGAAAUCGGAGAUUGGAAUAAUAGAAACGCCAGUCAAUAAGGACAAAGAACAGAAUGAUCAAACACUCCCAUCACUCACAGUGAAUCGAUUGGAGAUUGUGAAUGAAAGAAGUGGAGGAACGACAGCACAGAAGAGGAGAGAAAAUGAAGAGGAGGAAAAGACUGACACCGAACAAGUAUCACAUAAAAGUCAACUAAAAGUACCCAAUAAGAAUGGUUUACAAGAAAUGAGAGAAGUGAUGCAGAAAGAGGAGGAGAAACAACUUCAAGAUGAUAAGGAAAUAAAAGAACUUCAAACCCAAAAAGCCGUUGCAGAUGAAGAUGAAGACGAGAAGAUGGCAGAGGUAUAUAGAGGAGUAUUUUUGUAUGAAGGAAAGUUGUAUGUCGUUGAUGAGUUUGGGAGCGGGAUGGAGCUGAAGGAACUUGUGAUUGACCAAGAGUUGGAGAGUGUCACUUCGAUUGCUAAAACGCUUUUGUAUUCAACAAAUUACAACAACGAAAUUGAGAAACAGAACGAACAGUUCAAUAGACUUGAUGCACAAGCAACAGAUUCGGUUCUUAAGCAUAUAUUGUUAAUACAGAAAAGAAUACGAGGGUUUUGUGUGCGUAAAUUGCCUGAAGUUUGUGGCUUGAAAGAGAGAAAGAAUUUGGUGAAGGAGUUAGUAGAGAGUGAGCACAAAUACGUCGCCAACUUGCGCAUAUUACAGAAGAACUAUUUGUCGAAACUCCUUGAAGAAAAGGACGACAAAGUGUUGAGAGGGUGUUUGAAGAAUUUGGAAAUGAUUAUCACGUACAACUCAACAUUUGAAACGAACUUGAACGCAAUGCUAAAAACAAACAUAUACGGAACGGGUAUUUCCACUGUACUGAGUAAGUUUUCAAAAUUUCUGAAAUGCUACACAACGUAUGUCAACUCUUACGACCAAACGAGUGAGUAUAUCGUCGGCAUGAAGAAAAAGAACAAAGCGUUUACAAAUAACUUAAAACAACUCUCGAUGCAACCCGAGGUGAACAACCUUGACAUUUUUGCUUAUUUGAUUUUACCAAUUCAACGAGUCCCACGAUAUGAAUUGUUCAUCAAAGGUUUUUUGAAGUACCUUCCACGGUCACACGUCGAGUUCGAAAAGUUACAACCGGAAAUUAAAACAAUCAAAGAGAUUGGAGACUAUUUGAACGAAAGAAGGCGUCAGUCUGAGAAUAAACAACUUCUAAUCAAAUUGAAGCACCAUCUAGAAACCAAGAAGUUUGAUUUGACCGGCGACGAAAAGAGACAACUCAUCAAAUAUGGAAGUUUCAACACUUUGCAGUUUGGCCCGAUUAUACUCUUCUUGCUGUCCGACACAAUUUUAAUUGGGAUGACCAAGACAAAAGUGAAGGAUGUUGAUGCGUAUAUCGAGAAGAACAAGAUUAAAAUAAAGUAUGUUAUUAACCUCUUUGCCCUCACUAUGUACUGGGCUGACGACACACACUUCACUCUUCAAAACACAAAUUUCAACGUGCGACUCACCUCUGACAGCGCAACAGAUCAAGAGGAUUGGAUGCUUGCAAUUGACGAAGUUUUAGCUAAAAAUCACAGCAGCAUAAUUUCAAGGCUUUUGGCUGUGGAAACAACAGAAGGGCUAAACACAAAUAUCAGCAGCACAUCAGAACUCUUUUACAGAGGGAAGCUGAAAAUGCAACUGAAAAUGUUUGAAAAGGAAAAGAAGAUAUUAGGACUUUCGACGUUUGCUGCUGGCGUUGAACUCAAAUCAAAAGAGGUUGAAAGAGCGAAAGUAUCCCCGUUGGCUCUUUCCCCAAGAGAACGGGCAGCUGCAAACUUACUCAUGACACCGAGAGGGUUCACAUUACGGCCCAAAAUAGAAGUGAACGACCACCACGAAGAGAAAGACCGAUACUGUGUGUUAGAAAACGGGUAUCUUUAUGUUUACAACACUUUGGCGGAAUCACUGAGUAAAGAUAAGUGGCACAUGAAAGUUGUUGUUUCUGCGAUUUCUGCAGAAGCAGUUGUUGCAGUCAACAACGCCGCUGCUUUUAAAUUCAAUAUCAGAGGAGAAUCACAGACAGCGACAGCAGUAUCGGUGCAAGACAAGUGGAAGUGGAUUUCUGUGCUUCGAGCAGUCUCGAUCAAUUCAGCGAGAGAAAAGCUGUACAAGUUGAACCUCCUGCCAGACACAAAUUACAUUUCCUACAGCUUCCCAGUACCGAAGUUCAUGAUUUUUGAAAGAGAGAAAUUGUCGAAUUACAUCGAUUUACUUAUUUCAAUCACUGCAAACACCGUUUGUGCGGAUUGUGGGGACAAUAAGACGAUUUAUCUUGACGAUGACAACGGCGUCAUACUAUGUAAAACAUGUGGAGAUAUACACAAGAAAGCACUUGGCUCGAACAUUGUUGUGUUGCGCGAAUUGUAUAAAUUGAUCGACAUUUCCAAAUUGGAUAGUUUGAAGAAUCGAGGCAACGAAGUUGUUAAUGGAGUGAUUGAUGCACACAUUCCACAAGAUGUCAAAGUCAGCACGCAGUACAUGCUCACUUCGGUGUAUGCCAGAGAAAGCUACAUACCGAAAAAAUAUACUUAUUUUAAAGUUUAA